AUUAUCUUGAAAAAUGUUAAAGAAAAGACAAUUGCUGGACUCUUUUUUUCUCAAAGAACUGGAUGACAAGGAGGCAACACUGAAUCAUAUGGACAAGGAAUGGAAAAUGUCUGGAAUCAGGCAAAUUUUCUUUAACAGACUGAUUGGUGAAGUUGGAAAACCUGGUUAUGGGCCUGGACAGUUUAUGUGGCCCAGUUCUCUAACAGUGACAACUUCUGGGGAGCUGGUAGUUAAAGACAGUGGAAACGAUAGGAUCCAGAUCUUCAGCUCUGAAGGACUCUACAAACAUGGCUUUUCUUAUGAACCAGCAACAAUAAAAUGCUUGGGUGAUGUUAAAGCUACCAGAGAAGGACAGUUACUAAUUUCCAAUGGAGCUAAAGCGAUCAAAGUGUUUGCUCAAGACGGGCGAUUAAUCCACCAACUAACAACAUCAAAUGUCAACUGGAAACACUCAUAUGGAUUAUCAGUAUUGCCAAAUAAUGAUCUGGCAGUAACUGACUGGUCAGAACAAGGGAAGGUCCACAUUAUGAGUCGAGAUUGGAAAGAAAAUAACAUUUUAAAUAUUGAUACAAUUGAGGGAUUUUAUCGGCCUACCUGUGUAGCAGUUAGAAAGGAUGACGAUGUCCUAGUUACUGAAGGGCAACUCUUUGGACCAUUUGAGGGGAGAUGCAUAAAGGUUAUUGGCAAAGACAAAACAAUCCAAAAGAAAAUUGGACCGACGUAUGGAAGUAAAUUAAAUUUCAUUAAUCCUUCUGGAAUAUGCGUGGAUGAAAGUGGAAAUAUUCUUGUUGCUGAUAAAGGAAAAAACUGUGUGGUGAUGUUUAAUCCAGACCUAUCUCUUUCUGCAAUGGUUGUGAAGCAGGAUCUUCAAGGACCUUGUGGAUUGUGUCUGAUGCAGGAAGGGUAUUUAGCUGUUGCUGAUUGCUACCAUCACAAUGUAAAGAUUUACCAGUACAGGUGAAGAUAUGGUGAGAACACCAA